GAGGAGGGGCGGCCGGCGCGAGCCGCUGCUUCCCGCCGCGCGCCUGUGCGGGCCCGCGGGGCUGCGGGAGCCGCGCUAGGACGCCGCGAGCGGUGACUCCCCGCCGCUCCCGGGGGCCGUGACGGAGAUGCCUACAUAGAAGAGUGACAGCAGCUGUUCUUCAUGUUUCAGUUCUGAACUAUCUCCUCAGGUGUCCUGGCUCUGGAAUUUGCUAUGGGAGAUUGGAUGACUGUUACAGAUCCAGGUCUGUCUACAGAAAGCAAAAAUAUCUCUCAGUAUACCUCAGAAACAAAGAUGUCUCCAUCAAGUUUAUAUUCACAGCAAGUGCUAUGUUCUUCAAUACCUUUAUCAAAAAAUGUGCACAGUUUUUUCAGUGCCUUCUGCACAGAAGAGAAUAUUGAACAAAGUAUUUCAUAUCUUGAUCAGGAAUUGACUACUUUUGGUUUUCCUUCAUUAUAUGAAGAAUCCAAAAGUAAAGACACAAAGAGAGAAUUAAAUAUAGUUGCUGUUUUAAAUUGUAUGAAUGAGCUACUUGUACUUCAACGGAAGAAUCUUCUAGCUCAGGAAAAUGUGGAAACACAGAAUCUGAAACUGGGAAGUGAUAUGGACCAUCUACAGAACUGCUAUGCAAAACUUAAGGAACAACUGGAAACCUCCAGGAGGGAAAUGAUUGGACUACAGGAGAGAGACAGACAGCUACAGUGCAAGAACAGGAAUUUGCAUCAGCUACUGAAAAAUGAGAAAGAUGAAGUACAAAAAUUACAAAAUAUCAUUGCAAGUCGAGCUACUCAGUAUAAUCAUGAUAUGAAGAGAAAGGAGCGUGAGUAUAAUAAAUUAAAAGAACGCCUACAUCAACUUGUUAUGAACAAGAAAGAUAAAAAAAUAGCAAUGGACGUUUUAAAUUAUGUGGGGAGAGCUGAUGGAAAAAGAGGCUCCUGGAGGACGGGUAAAACAGAAGCCAGGAAUGAAGAUGAAAUGUAUAAAAUUCUCUUGAAUGAUUAUGAAUACCGUCAGAAACAAAUCCUACUGGAAAAUGCUGAACUUAAGAAGGUUCUUCAGCAAAUGAAAAAGGAAAUGAUUUCUCUUCUUUCUCCCCAAAAGAAGAAACCUAGAGAAAGGGCAGACGAUAGCACAGGAGCUGUUAUUUCUGAUGUUGAAGAAGAUGCUGGAGAACUCAGCAGAGAGAAUAUGUGGGACCUUUCCUGUGAGACUGUGAGAGAACAGCUUACAAAUAGCAUCAGAAAACAGUGGAGAAUUUUGAAAAGCCAUGUUGAAAAACUUGAUAACCAAGUUUCCAAGGUACACUUAGAAGGUUUUAUUGAUGAAGAUGUAAUCUCACGGCAAGACCAUGAGCAAGAAACUGAGAAACUGGAGUUAGAAAUUCAGCAAUGUAAAGAAAUGAUUAAAACACAGCAGCAACUUUUACAGCAGCUCGCUACUGCGUGCGAUGAUGACACCACUUCACUGUUGCGGGACUGUUACUUGCUGGAAGAAAAGGAACGCCUCAAGGAAGAAUGGUCACUUUUUAAAGAGCAAAAAAAGAAUUUUGAGAGAGAAAGACGAAGCUUUACAGAAGCCGCUAUUCGCCUGGGAUUAGAGAGAAAGGCCUUUGAAGAAGAAAGAGCCAGUUGGCUAAAACAACAAUUUUUAAAUAUGACUACCUUUGAUCACCAGAACUCUGAAAAUGUGAAACUUUUCAGUGCCUUCUCAGGAAGUUCUGAUCCAGACAAUCUUAUAGUGCACUCCAGGCCACGGCAGAAGAAGCCCCACGGUGUGUCCAGUGGGUCUCCAGUUUGCACAUCUAAACUGACUAAAUCUCUUCCUGCUUCACCUUGUACUUCAGACUUUUGCCAGACACGUUCCUGUGUAUCUGAACAUAGUUCAGUCAAUGUGCCGAAUAUCACUUCUGAAGAAACUAAACCAAAUCAACCUGGAAGAGAAUACACAAAUCAGAAGUGGAGCAUGGCAUCAAGACCUGGAUCACGGGAAGGUUGUUUCUACAGUGGCUGCACCUUGACCUACACAAAUUCUCAUGUAGAAAAAGAUGACUUACCAUAGGCAUGUGGACUGGAACUUUUCAUUACUGUGUGCAUCUGAUUUCACAUCUACGUUAAAACAGGGUCUGUCAUAAAGUCAGUCACCUCUAAUAAUCUAAGACAGUCUGAGUUGUUUGUUUGGACUUCUCUGUCUUCCCCCAAAGAGCUGAAAUGCUAAAUUUAUUUAAAAGGAUGUAAAAGCUUUGGAUAUGUAUUUUUAGUAACAGAAGCAUCUGGUUCUGUGAAUAAAGGAAUGUAUAGAUGUUCGGAUGAAAACAAAAGCACUAGAAUGAGUUUCCUCUUUUAGGUAUUAAAAAAUAGCACUUUUAGGAAACUGAUUAUUGUAAAUGUUUAAUUUUUGUCCCAAAUAUAGAUGGCAUUGAAAGUUUAGCCUUUACUUGAAUGUAUACUGUAGAUUUUUAACAAAACAAGUUCUAUAUUUAUUAUGUUUAGUGUGAUUUUGGAAUUACCUCUUUCAUAUGUUUUAAAUAAAGUGAAAUUUAUGUAUGUUUUGUACAUAGAUAUACAUACAUGAUUAUGUUAAGAGGCUUUAAGAUUUAAAAAUUUUACACAACCCUAAAUAUAGUAUUUCAUGCCAAUAAAAUUUUCUAGCGGCAUUCUGUUUACAGAAGCAUUAGGAUCACUGCCACAUUUAAGGUUUUUUUUUUUUUUUAAUCCAUCUGGGCAAUCAAUACUCAAAUUUAUGCCAUGUAGCUGAGUUCUUUAGGUAAUCAGCAUUACUAACAUUACAUUUUUGAGAUUUUUUACAGCAUUAGAUUGUUAUUUUAUAUAUGUAGGCUAUUAUAAUUUUUGAGAGGACUAUUGACUGUGGAGUAGGAGGGACAAGACAGUAAAAUUACUUUUGAAUCACAGUAUAAGAACGUUGAUUUAAGAUAUUUGGAUGAUAAAAGAUAGUUAAGAUGUGUGCAUGGUAAUAUUUUCCUUACCAGAUGGAUACCAGUACAGUUAAUAUCUGUACCAGCUAGGGCUUUCUAUCAUUGCCAAUAAUUUUUUAAUAAUUUUUCAGUGAAGUGUUUACAACACUACUGAUAAAGAAGUACACAAUAUAAAAUCAUUGGGUUUUUUUAACAUGAAUAUGGUAACUCUGGACAAUCUUGUGACAUUUCAUUUUCAGAACCAUCUUAGGCUCUUUUGUCUCCAUAGUGUUUCUGAUUGCAUGUUUCUUCAUGAGAAGUAUGCUAUUGGUAGCAGUAGUAGUAAUAAAUGUAGGCCCAGGCUCUUCUCCUGGAUUCUCAUCCAAAAGCUUUAAGUGCCUAACCUUGCUUGUCUCCACAUAGAAGCAGUCUACACAGAUCCAGUCCUUGCUAGGUGUUGCUAGUCUAUCCGCCUUGCCCUUUUCUAGUGGUUUAACCAGUAUAUACACUUACUCUGUGACUGUUCCAUUUAAAUUUGUCAUUGUGUGAAGAAAAAAAAAGUAUGUGUCAUCCAUUCACUGUAUGUGAUAGAGUUGUGUAGCAGUAGCCAUUUUCCCAGGGUUCAUCAGAUACCACUGAGUAUCCUAUGAGACAUUACUGAGCAUAGUCCUAGCAGUAGCCGUGUUUAUAGUCUCAAAAGUCUGGCUCUUGAAUGUUAGUCACUUACUACAGUGAGCUUGGUGCAUGGUCACUUUUUUACUCUUUAAGAUACUACAGAAUUUCAGAGAUACUACCAUAUUCCAGACAAAGAAAUCUAGCUGGGAUAUAAUUUUUUUUGCCACUCAGGAUUUGCAUAGUCAAAGAAAGAAAGGCAAUCAAAUUUUAAAAGUAGUCAUUGAUGAAUCUGUCAAGAUACCCUCCUCCCUUGUGGGAUUUCCAUGCAGAAAUGUACUUUGCCAGGAGUAAACAUUCUGAUUUUUAAUACAAACUUUGUACUUUAGGGAUACUCUAUUCCAUGAGAAUAAUUUCUAGAAAGCAGCAUCUGGUUGUUGUAUGUUUCCAUUUUAAAGUGUGUUAAGUUCUCAUUGGAAAGAAAAAUUCCUUGAGGUUUACUUUUAAAUUAAGAUGUGAAAGAAACAGUAAAAUGAAAACCAGAUUGAUUAUGCCUGUGCUUUUGGUGUUUGUACAGAUCCACUGGAAGUUGUAUGUUACUUUACCUAACUCACUUGUUUUGCUGCACGUUCCAACGCUACAGUGAUCCCCAAUCAGCCAAACCUCCCGGAUGGUUGUUUUCCAUGUUGUUAAAGCCAUAAUUCCACACACAAAACUCCCAAGACUUUGUUUCUCUUCCUUUUCUAAUUAUCUGCCUUGCACAGAUUGUACAGCUGUGCCACGAUUAGAUAAUGGGGCCAGAGUGUACUUCGGCUCAGAAGCCCUCCUGAUAUCAUGUUCUCUUAUCAAUAUGUAAAUUAUAUUUUGUGCCUCAUAUUUGUUUCUACAUGAGAUCCAUUUUGAAUUUUCAAAACAUAAAAGUGGAAAUGAAAUUUUGAGAUAAAUUUCCUAACUCUUAAAUGUUUGUAAUUUACAGUGACAAGAAAUUUAAUGGAACAAUCAAUGACCAGAAAAUCAUGACUAAAAUUUAGUAGGUGUUUUCUUAAAUGGAUGGGUUCACAGGACAAUCUACAGCAAAUUAUCUGCUUCAUGGUAUAAUUGAAUACUGUUACUUAGAAAGAAUUCUGCAUUUCCAUCCUUAGCUAAGUGGAAAACACUUCAUGGCGCAUGAUGAGAAAGAGAGCACCCUAAAGCCCAGUCUUGACCUCCUGUGGGGACCAUUUGAAAGCCUCUGGGACUCCAGGAGAGGCUUUUACAGUGUGUAUGCCUGGAGCACUGUAAGUUAACAAGACCCUUCUGUGGUCACUCUUAUGAAAAUCUUCAAAGUGUGUACCAUAAUGUAAAUCCUGUUCUUAUUUGUAGAAAGGAUUUAAAGUAAGGAUCGUGGAACUCUAGUAAAUAUACCUUUUCCUACACCUGUGUUUACUCUUAGUCUGUUGAUAAGCAUUUAUGGAGUACCUGCUGUACAUCACAGCUUUGUCGCUUCUGUCUUAUCCCUGAGGAUCAGAAGACAAGCACACUCAUCGCCAUUGAGAAUUGCUGAGUUGAGUGGAAGACCAGCUAUAGCAACCUGAAUUGCAAUGAAGUGGUAGAUGCUAUCCACACAUUCAGUCUGUUCACAAAGCGUGGGCUGGAGUUUCUGCUCCAGGCCACACACCGGUUUCCUAACAGCGGUGCUGGGCUUUCACUUGCGUCUUGGCGUUGUUUUCUGCGGGACUUGCUAUGUAAUAGAAUGUCUUGCUGGGUUUUGUUUGCUGACAUGCAAAGCAGUAUAGGACUUUCUUCCCACGUGCAACAUGCAUUAUCUGAUAGAAAACCAUUUGCAAGGAUGUGGGCCAUGCAGAUAAGGAAGUAGAUUAUUGUAGUUCUUUUCUAAACAAUGUUCUGUUUUUCCCCUCCCCUGGGAUGGAUGUAAAUUAGAGUGGAAUGGACUGUUGAUUAAAUUAUUUAAUAUAAA